AUCCUUCAUGCGUAGGGAAUACUACCACCGUAGAUUUAGGCUCAGAAAAUUAAAUCCCAUCCAUCUUAGAUAAUGCUUGCUUUAAAUUUUCCUUUUAUUUUCUAUCAAAUAUUCAAAAAACAGAAAAACACCGACAGUAUUAGCAACAUCUGAUAUGAAUCUAUUAUUUGCAGUAAUUCCAAGGUAUUAAAACAAUAUUCAAAAAAAUAAAAAAGAAAGAAAGGAAUGAGAAACGAAGGGGAACAGGAAAAAACAACUCGUGCGGUUUUGGAUCAUGGAGCAAAUUAUAAUUCAUGUAUCUGUCAAGGUAAACGGGGCGGCACGGCAAUUCAGUCAAGGAUUUUAAUGAGAAGGAAAAUGCGCCUUCGACACGCGGUCAUUUUUAAAAUUGGAGGGGCUGAUGCGCAGGUGUACGCGACAGUUUAAGAACACAGAAUCACUGAUUCCUAGUUAAAAUGGAAAGGAGAAUAAGGCAGUAGUAUAAGAUGUACCUGUUGAUGUCGAUAGCAUGGCGAAAAGUCGAGAAGAACGUAGCAAGGCAUAGGUUCCCUCAUGGUAGCCAGCUGGAUGCACGGUACAUGCAGCACGGUACACCGUACUUUCAUAAUGUCGAAGGAGAGUUGAAGAGAGCCAAGAGGCCUGGUGGCACUCGACGGACGGCUAGUGAAGGGAACGGAUCGUCAUACUCGGUCAGCGAAAAUGCCGUCGAAAAGUCGCGUUUAAAUCCGCCUUCCAUAAAAGACAAAUUCAAAUUUCUCGCGAACCAGUUCCAAUUAUAGUGACUUUAGUAAUAAUUCUCUGUCAACAGUUGGAGAAACCUUUUCGCGCCUCCCCGUAUGGGCAACGAGAGAUACGACAUCGACGCUUAAAACUAUGAAGAAUCGUAAAUCGAAGAUGGAAUAUCGCGAGUAUAAUUUCGCAUAGUGCAAGAACGAAAUGACGAGAGAACGAUCGUGUCUACGUACGGUGACCAAAAACUUGUCGAUCGAACAAGAAGACGCCCCUAGAACACUUGUUUUUUAAAGUGACUUGAAACUUGUUUAGUUUCCUCUUUUCUAUUUUAAUUGAGUUUAAGAAGAAUAGGUAUAUUUUACAGUUGAAACAAAUUUUCAACGGUGGCACACGUCGAACAAAGAAACUUCUCGUGAAAGUUUCUGUGGUGGUCGGUAAAGUGUUCACCGGUAGCGGAUACGUGCUUGUGGAUGAUCGCGAGCAAAGUUGCUGCGCUUUCGAUGUGAUCCCGCCUUUCGUCGAGGGCAGAGGAACGAUAUAUCGAGGAUGACGCGAGAGAUUCUCCUAUCCCUUUUGGGGAUCCUCGUUGUGGGCGCAGAAGGAUUGAAGUGCGGUCAUCCAGCGGUACCGAUGAACGCCAAGGUGUCAUUGUCCGACGAGUCAUUAGCAAUUGGCACUUUGGCGACGUACACCUGCGACGCCGGAUACGAAUUAUUUGGCAGUGGCAGUCUGACGUGUAACGCUCGAGGAAAGUGGCAAGGAGAUCUACCAUUUUGCGGCACGAAUGUUGCUUUUCGCAAACCAACGAAUCAGUCGACGACUGUACGAGGAGGAGAUGCUGGCCACGGUAACGAUGGCGACUCCAGCACGGAACACGACGGGAAAAGAUGUACAGAAACCCAAAGCGAGCCCAGUCCUUGGUGGAAGGUCGACCUUCUGAAGUCGUAUUCGGUAAAAGUCGUCAGAGUCACGACCAGAGGCUGCUGCGGUCAUCAACCCCUUCAGGACAUUGAAAUUCGCGUUGGCAACAGUAGCGUGGAAUUGCAGCGUAACCCUUUGUGCGCCUGGUUUCCUGGCACGAUAGAGGAAGGAAUCACGAAGACGUUUCAAUGCGCCAGAGCACUGAUCGGACAGUACGUGUUCUUACAGCUGGUCGGGGUCGAAGGAAGUUUGAGUUUGUGCGAGGUGGAAGUGUUCGCCGUCGAUGAGUUCUCAACGGACAGGUGUGCCUACGCCGGAACGCCGGCUGACGCGGACCUGGCCGCUUUCAAUUCCACCUGUUACGAGUUUGUCGUAAAGAAAGGUGGUUCCUUUCAGGAAGCCAGAAACUAUUGUCGGACCAGAGGCGGAGAUCUCGUGCACGGUUUCAAGGGUGCAUCGUCGGUGUACAUACUGAAUAAUCUCGAAAGGCGAAAGGAUAAAUUGAAGACGCAGCUGGUCUGGAUAGGUGCUCAAAAGGAGCCGUUGAUAACGGCACGAACCUGGAGAUGGGUUGACGGAGAGAUCGUGCAAAAACCAUCGUGGGGCAAGGAUCAACCGAAUAACUAUAACGGCGAACAGAAUUGCGUAGUGUUGGACGGUGGACGCGGUUGGCUUUGGAACGAUGUCGGCUGUAAUCUUGAUUAUUUACACUGGAUAUGUCAGAGUAGACCACCUACUUGCGGCAGUCCAGAGAAGUCUGAGAACACAACCAUAAUUGGAAGCAAAAGAACCAUUGGUUCCACAGUAGAGUACGUUUGUCCUGACGGACACAUGUUAAUUGGAUCGAAGAACAGAACGUGCGAGCUAAACGGCUUUUGGAGCGGCGAAGCGCCCACGUGCAAAUUCGUCGAUUGCGGUCCACUAGCCGAGCUGGAGAACGGUGCAAUCACGCUCGUUGACAAAAGAACGACCCAUGGUGCGCUUGCCGAUUACGCGUGUAAAGAAAACUAUACGCUUCUGGGUGACGCUAGGCGUCGAUGCGGUGACGGCGGUAUUUGGAGUGGACAUCAACCCCAAUGUCUAUUCGAUUGGUGCCCGGAACCACCUCAAGUCAACGGAGGGCUGGUAACGAUUACCGGAAGGAGAGCAGGAUCUACUGCCACUUAUUCUUGUCAGAACGGCUUUAUUCUAUUCGGAGAUAACGUUCUUACGUGCGACAUCGGCGGAGAAUGGUCCGGCAAAGCGCCUCAAUGUCGAUUCGUCGAUUGUGGAGCACCGGCCCAAAUCGAAUUUGGUUCGAUGACCUUAAUCAAUGGAACCACCACGGUGAAAAGUUUGGCGGUGUACACAUGUUUGGAGGACUACUGGUUAGUGGGUACGGCGAAGCAAGAGUGCACCAAAGAAGGGAAAUGGAGCCACGACACACCGUCGUGCGAGUUAAUUACCUGCGAAGAACCAGAUGUACCAGCCGGAAGUUACGUGGUCGGCUACGAUCUGAACGUUCACAGCUCCAUUGAAUAUCACUGCGAGGCAGGCUAUCAACUUCAAGGCGAAGCCAGACACACUUGUGGCAGAGACGGCGAGUGGUCGGGGGAAGUACCUACCUGCGAAUACGUGGACUGCGGGAAAGUGUUGCCUGUGUUGAAUGGAGCAGCGGAUUACGUGAAUAAAACGACGCAUCUAGGAAGUGAAAUCACCUACAGUUGCACGAGAAACUACAGGUUGAACGGAGUGUCGAGGAGAUACUGUUUAGACAAUGGUCAAUGGAGCGACGCGACUCCAAAGUGUGAAGAGAUUCGUUGUCCUGAGCCCGUAUACGCAGAGCAUGGGAUUCUAUCGGUGACUGGGAACGAUCGAAUGUACGGUAGAACUUUGAUUCGUACCGGAACACCGGAGAAUUCUAAUACCGGUGCGACUUCCUACAAGAUUGGUGCUCUUGCGAAAUAUCGUUGCGAGAGGGGGUACAAGGUGGUUGGUGAACCUCUCUCUACUUGCGAGGACAAUGGAAAAUGGAGUGGCGAAGUUCCGCGAUGCGUUUAUGUCGAUUGUGCCAAGCCAGAGCACAUUCAACAUGGAAAAUACACCCUAACUUCAAAUGCAACCUAUUACGGAGCAGCUGCGCUUUAUGAAUGCGACGGGAACUUUGAAUUGGAUGGAUUCGCCAGAAGACUGUGCCUCGAGAAUGGCACCUGGAGCAGCGACACUCCAGUUUGUAAAGAAAUUAGAUGCAAAGAUCCUGAGAAAGAAGGGGUAUUGUCUACUCAAGUUUCCACUCAUAGCGUGGGAGGAGUGGCACACUAUAGCUGUCCACGUGGAUACUACAUGGAAGGAAACGAGACUAGAAUAUGCUUGCAAAAUGGAUCUUGGAGCGGAAGCACGCCUGCCUGUUUCUCGGUGGAUUGUAAACAUCCAGGAUCCAUAGAAAAUGGAAGGGUAAUAGUGGUAAAUGGAACAACGAUUUAUGGGGGAACAGCAGAAUAUCAUUGCUUACCGCAAUACGAAAGAGUCGGACCAUUCUUAAGAAAAUGCUUAGACACUGGUUCAUGGAGUGGCGAUGAACCAAAAUGCGAACUUAUGCCAAACGAAGUAGCAGAAGCUCAAGGAGUAGGUACCAGCGUUGGCAUCGGAGCGGGAGUCAUCAUAUUUAUAUUAAUUAUACUUGGACUCGUUUACCUAAGACUGAGAAAAGCUACUCCAGUGAAGAACACUGAAAAUGUCCAAGCAGCUGAGAGAAAAGAGGACCAAAAUGCUGCUGUUAUGUCUUACGCCACUCUUAACGAUGGAACACCUAACACCAUGUACGAAAAUGUUCCAGAAGACGGCCUUUAUGACAAUCCAUACAGUAUGAGUGGCAGUACUUAUGGGUACGGCAGCAACAUGAGAAGACAUUAUGGUCGAACGGGACAUUACGAGGCAGAACCAGUGUCAAACAGAAAUGGCAUUACCAUUAAUGGAGUGUCUGUACGAUAGUUUGAAUUUUAUCGAGGAUCGAUUCCGUCCCUCAAAAUCGGAGAUUAUUUAUGUACAGGUAGGAGGAUACGAGUACGCGAAACUUUGUUGUCUUUAUUUAUAUUAUUAUAUUCGGCGCAUCGCCGAUUUAUGUAAAUAAGUAAAGAGGAGGAGCGUGAUGACGCGUCUUAUUGGCGGAUGGUAAUCGUGUAUUGUUACAUCCAUUUGUUUGCAUUCAAAGUGAUUCGAGAAUUGAAUUCAUGUAUCAUUAUGUAUAUAGAGUGUUUCCCUGAUUUAGAAUUAUUACUUGUAACAUAAAUUCGUAUGCUCGUUAAUUAUGCGAAUAAAGAAACCAAUGCUCUUGUUUUAUUUUA